AUGAUUUUCACCCUCCCAAAUCAAGCUGAAAUGAGCGCUAAAUUGGAUUUAAAAGAAAGCUUGAAAAGGAAUUUGAACGAAAAUCCUUUUUGAGAAAUUCCAACAAUGGCCAGAGACUUACUCAGCAGUGUGCCUAAAAAGAUAAAGUUAUCUCAAGAAACUAAAGCAAACCUGCCAUCGCAAAGGAGUAUUGAAGCUGCUCUUUACAGAGAGCGCGAAUUAAGUGUUCUAGAGCUUCCUAAUAGUUUGGCAGAAUUGGUGCUUGAAGGCAAAUACAGAAUGACUAAUGACAACUUGGAGUUUUUACUUAUUGAAGAUGGAAUUGAAGAUAAAAUCCUUUGUCUUUGGAACUAUUUUAGAGCUUCAAAAGCUAUGUGGAUGCGAUGUCGUGUUUAUGAAUGGAACUUUUCACAGUGCACCUAG